AUCAUAUCAUGAAAAUGACACAAUGAACUUCAAAAUUCUGUAUAACUUUACACAAAAACUUUCGCGCGAAAUUUGAAAUAAAAUAUUUUCAAUUUUAUUUUGACGUCAUUUAUUGUAGAUUUUGACGUCACAGGAGGUAGUUAUGAGAAUGAAAUUUUAGUUAAUUUCAAAAUGGCGAAUCGAUUGAUUGGCCAAGAUUCAGUAUUUUCAUGAUCAGAUCGUGUCCAUGCUGUUGAGUGGACAUGUGAGGUUUUUAUUUGAAAAUGAAAGAUACAGUGUUGUCCUGAGUCUAAAUCGAAUAUGUGCAAGAGAAACUCAUGUGUAUGACUAUGAUGGAUUAUGAGAAAUAAAAUGGAAUUUGAGAUUUUGAUUGUGAUCGUUCUUUUACUCAAUGUAGAUGUAGUAGCAAGUGAAAACAAGUUCAUUGGGGAUUGUUUGUCAGUACCAUGUGCAUCAUUGGCAUUCUCUAAUGAGUCGUAUGUCCAGCUGAAGAUUGACAAGGGAGAUGGGAGUAAAGUUAAAGCCGACUGGUCUAUAGGCUCUAAGAAAGGACAACUUCAAUCUUUCCUGCCAUGCAGAGACACUCUUUCCUGCUCUGCCCCACUUGAUAAACUGAGAGAUGGAGUUAGGUUUCAAGUGAUUCUGAGAUUCAAAGGAAUGAUUGCAGAAAGAGUUCUCAAUAUUGGUGACGGUGAUGGAACUAGAAUUCCAGAGCAAAAUGUUGAACAUUUGAGCAACAAUGACAGCAUGAGAAUGUACUCGUUCAAAGAUAGAUGGCAUGUCAUUCCAGAAAGAUUUAAAAGAACUGCAGAUAGGGAAAAACAUUAUUCAACAUAUUUGAAAAGAAAACAUAGAAAAUUAAAGAAGCAAGGCAAACAUUAUAAAAGAUUCAAUAAAUACAGAAAAACAGUUUGGAAAAAACCUAAACAACAAGUAUAUUGGAAUAGGCAACGACUCUGGAGAAAAAGUAGGUCUGGAUUGCUCAAAGGUCAAAGUAAUUAUAAAGGGAGGGAUAUUACUGGAAGUACCAUAAGAGACAGGAUUGCAUCUUCUUCAGAAAAAAUGGGCAGAGUGACCAAGAAUUUAUCUGAGGAUAUCAUCAAACUUCAAACUUCUCUUGUUGAGGACAUUGAAUAUCCUCCUGUAAAAAAGAAAACUGCAACCUCUCUAGGAAUAAAAGGCAAGGCGGUUGAUUUAACAAAUGAUGUGAUCAAGCUCCUAAAUUCCAUGAAGAGAAAAAUUGAUACUGAAUUAAGAAAUGGAGAUAAUCAUAGAUCAAAAGACGUUACCAAAUUAGUAAAUUCUUUACAAAAGAAAAUUGAUCCUGCAAACUCUGAUGUUGAACUUACUCUAAAUAUAAGUCCUAAACCCCCCAAAAUAACAAAACAAACCAAAGGUACUUCAACAUAUAAGAAUUCUAGAAGAAAAAUUAAGGAAACUAACAAAGACUUAUCUCAUAUUAAAAGGAAUAAGAAUGGGAAACAAAGAAAGAGUUCCAAAUUAUCAAGACAAAGGACUGUUGGAAGGAAAUCCAGAAGGAAUGAGGUAUCUCAAAGUAUUAAAAGAAUGACAGUUAGACGAAAAAAUGGUACACCAGAAUUAGAAAAGAAAAAUAGAAUAAAAUAUCAAAAAAGAGUCAAGUCAUAUUUCAACAGGUUAAAGAAAUAUAGAAGUAACAAACAGUCAUUGAGGAAAAAUGAAAGAGUGCCAACACAGAAAAGAAGUCACAGAAGAAAACUAAAUCAAUUAAAUAGGCAGUUUAAUUCAAAAUUAACGCAAAUAAGGCAAGCUUUUAACAGAAUAACAGAGUCGAGGAAAAUGAAAUCAAAACAAGGUUCAACUUUGACAAGUUUAAAAAUCAGCAUCCCAACUACAAAUAAGGUGAAUUUGACGUCAGUGGCAACAACUAAAGAUCAAUUCAAGAACACCAACAAUGAUAAUGCUGUGGCUGAUAAAUACAGAGAAAAUAAAUCUGGAAAUAGAAUACCUCGGAAGAGACCAAAUGUCCUAAAAAAUGAAACUAAGGGUUCACAAAAGAGAAAUACUAAAACCAAAUAUGAAUUUGGUCAUAAAAGAAUUGACAGAAUGACCAAAGGUAGAGUAUCAUUAUCCAAGAUGAGAAGUAGACUGCCAAGAAAACAUAUUAAACAUAGAUUAAGUAAAGCAACAAAAAAAAGUAAUCUGGCCAAAUAUAGGCAUGAUGUGAAAAGAAAAUACAAGAAGAAAACAAGAAAGGAUAAUUUGGUCAAACAUAAACUCAAUUAUAUUAAAGAACCAAUGUUGAAGCAGAGAGCGAAGCAAGAAAAGUUGAUGAACUCAAAAAGAGUUAAAAUGAAAAACAUAAACAAGACAAUAAAGAAAAUAACUCCAGCUGGCAAGAAGGUGUUUUUAAAAGUGAAAAUACGUUCAAAUGAUCCCAAGGAGACAGACAUAAAAAUCUCUUCAAAAGAAAAUUCAAAUGUAACAAAUUUGAUAGAUGACGGCAUCAGUCAGAGCACAAAGACAUUGGUCGUUUCACAACAUCCAUUGAAAGCUAAACCUUUCUUCCCAAAACAACAGCGAGAAUUACAGACACGAAAAAGAAUUAAAAGAAGUGUAGAUAUCAGACCUUCAAGGAAAAGAAGUGAUCAUCAAUCAAAGAAAACCAGAAAGAGUACGGUGACCAAACAUAGGCAUAAGGUAAAAAAUCGAUCAAAGAGGAGGAGAAUUGGCAAAGGUAGAAAUGGAUUACUACGUGUACCAAGGAAAUCAAAGCAUUCAAAGAACGAAACCAAACAUCGGGGAAAGAAAACAAAAAGUACAGAGGCGAAGCAUAGGCAUAAAGUGAAAAGAAAGGGAAUUUUUAAAGGUCGAAAUGGAUUGUCACCAAGGAAAUCAAGGCACUCAACCAAGGAAACCAAACAUCCAUCAAAAAAAAUAAGAAAGAGUAAGAUCGUCAAACAUAGGCAUGAUUUAAAAAGUAGAUCAAAAAAGAAAGGAAUCCAUAAAGGUAGAAGUAGAUUACUGCCAAGGAAAUCCAACCAUUCAAAGAAAGAAACCAAAUAUCAGCCAAAGAAAAGAAAAAGUAAGAAGGCCAAGCAUAGGCAUAAAGCAAAAAGGAAGGAAACUGGUAAAGGUAGAAAUGGAUUACUACCAAGGAAACCAAGGCACAAAAACAAACAUUCGUCAAAGAAAACAAGAAAGAAUGUGGCCACCAAAUAUAGGCAUGAAAAGAAAAAAAUAUCUAAGAAGAAGGGGAUUUUAAAAAGUAAAAAUAGAUUAUUAUCAAGGAAAUCCAUGCAGUCAAAAAGAGAAAACAAAAAUCGGUCAAAGAAAAUAAGAAAGAGUAUGGUUGCCAAACAUAGGCAUAAUGAAAAAACAAGAAAGAGUAAGAUAACCAAACAUAGGCAUAAAGUGAAAAGAAGAUCAAAGAGGAAAGGAACUGGUAAAGGUAAAAAUGGAUUAUUACCUACAAAAUACAAACAUCCAAAGAAAGGAACCAAAGAUUGGUCAAAGAAACCAAGAAAGAGUAAGUUGGCCAAGCAUAGGCAUACAGCAAAAAGAAUAUCUAAGAGGAAGGGAAGUGGUUAUGGUAGAAAUGGAAGAAAUGGAUUAUUACCAAGGAAGCCUAGGCACUCAAAGAAAAAUACCAAAUAUUGGUCAAAGAAAUCAAGAAAGAGUAAGGUGGCCAAGCAUAGGCAUACGGCGAAAAGAAUAUCUAAGAGGAAGGGAAGUGGUAAUGGUAGAAAUGGAGUAUUACCUAGAAAACCCAGGCACUCAAAGAAAAAUACUAAACAUUGGUCAAAGAAAUCAAGAAAGAGUAAGGUGGCCAAGCAUAGGCAUACGACGAAAAGAAUAUCUAAGAGGAAAGGAAGUGGUAACAGUGGAAAUGUAAGAAAUGGAUUAUUACCAAGGAAACCCAGGCACACAAAGAAAAAUACCAAACAUUGGUCAAAGAAAUCAAGAAAGAGUAAGGUGGCCAAGCAUAGGCAUACAGCAAAAAGAAUAUCUAAGAAGAAGGGAAGUGUUAAUGGUAGAAAUGUAAGAAAUGGAUUAUUACCAAGGAAACCCAGGCACUCAAAGAAAGAGGCCAAACAUCAAUCAAAGAAAACAAGAAAGGGUAAGAUUGCCAAACACAGCGAUAAAGUUGAAUUAACAUCGAAGAGAAAUGGAAUUUUUAAAGGUAGAAAUAGAUUAUUACCAAAGAAAUCUAUAAGGCACUCAAAGAAAGAAAACAAACAUCGACCAAGGAAAGCAAAAUUAAGUAAGAUGGCCAAACCUAGGCUUAAAGUGAAAAGAAUGAAAAAGAAGAAUGGAAUACAUAAAGCUAAAUAUAUAGUAUUACCAAAGCAAUCCAGACACUCAAAGAAAGAGACUAAACAUAGAGAGACAACUAUGCUAGCCAAACCUUGGAAAAGUUUAAGAACAUCUAAGAAUGGGAUAUCAAAAGCUAUAAAAAGAGUAUUACCAAAGAAAACGAGACACUCAAGGAACAAGACCAAACGCCUAUCAAAGAAAUCAAGAAAGAUUAAUCAGUCCAAACAGAGACAUGGUGUGAAGCAACCAUUUAUGACAAACAGAAUGAGUAAUGCGAGGAAUAUGUUAUUACCAAGGAGGAUCAAUCCUUCAACAGAAAUAACCAAACAUGAAGCAAAUAAGAAAUCAACAACCAGUCAUAUGGGUCACCCUGAGCACAAUAUGAAAAGAACAUUAACAAAUUGGAUAUCUAAAGCUAGAGACAAAUUAUUACCAAGGAAGUUCCAUCAUUCAAAGAAAAGGACCAAACACCCAUUAAUGGAGAAAUCAACAACCAGUCAUCUGGGCCAUCUUGAGCACAAUGUGAAAAGACAAUCUCAGAAGAGGGUAUCUAAAGCUAGAGAUAGGAAUACAGUAUUACCAAGGAAAUCCCAUCAUUUAAAGAAAAAUGCCAAACGUCCAUCAAAGGAGAAAUCCAGAUCCAGUAAUGUGGAACAUUCUGAGCAAUAUAUGAAAGGAACAUUGAAGAAAUGGAUAUCUAAAGCUAGAGAGAGAUUAUUACCAACAAAAUCAAAGCCCUUUGAAAAAGAAAUCAAUCACGGAGCUAAAAAGAAAAUAAGAAAUAGUAACAUGGCAAAAAAGAAACAUAAUUUGAAAAGAACAUCUUCAUCUAAAAGGAACAAAACUACUGAAAGAUUAUUUCAGAAAGGAUUCAGACACUCAAAGAAUGAAACCAAACAUCAGUCAAAUAAAACAAGUAAAAAACAUGUUGCCAAACAUAGGGACAAUGUGAAUGUGGAAGGGAUGUCUAAGAUAAGAAAAUUAUCUAAAGGAACAAAAGGUCAGUCACAAAACAAUAAUGAGCCAAAACAUAACCCAGACCUGAAAGAUAUUUCAAUGACAUGGUUGUCUAAAGGAGUAAAGAUAUUGCCAACAAAUAUAAACAUUACAGUAAAUCUUAUCGAAAAUAAAUCAAAAUCAAGGGAGAAAAAAGCAAAAAGUGUAUUAUUGAAAAAAACAAAAUAUAUUAAUGUUACUAAAAAAUUAUUUAACAAACCAAAUACCAGAAACAUAACCAGGGAAUCAGAAAUGUUUAAAGUUAACAAUGUGGAACUGCCAAGUGUAGAAAGUCGUUCAACUAUUAACCGAACCAAAAGCGACAAUGUUACUGAUGAUAGACCCAGCUUGAAACAGAAGCCAUCGACAAAAUAUACUUUACAUUACAUACUAUCCAAGCACAAGAAGCCUAAAGGAUCUAAAAGAACAUCCAAGAAAAAUAAAACAUCUAAAGCUAGAACUAGGCUGUCUUGGAAGGGAUCCAUCCAAUCAAGGAAAGAAAACAAACUUCCCUCAAACAAGGGAAUGAGAAAGAAGAGUAAUACUAAUGCGAAACGACCAUCCAAAAAGAAAAAGAAGUCCAAAGCUAGAAAAAGAUUUUAUGCGCAAAGAGUCAAGCAGUUGAAGAAAGAAACAAGGCAUAGAUUAAGGAACAAGAAUGGAACAAAACAAAGCCUAGACCCCUAUGUUCUGUCAACAUCCAAAGGACUAAAAAGAUUAUCUUUCAAGAGGGCCAAAAAGUCAAGGAAGAAAAGCAAAGGGAAAUCAAAGCAAGCAACAAAUAUAAACAUUACAUUAAAUGUUGUGAAACAUGAAUCAAGAUCUAGGAAGAACGAAUCAAGCAUCUUUUCAAAGAAUACACAUUUACAAAACUGGAAUUUUGGCAAUAGUACUUUAAAUGUUAUGAAACAUGAAUCAAGAUCUAGGAAGAACAAAUCAAGAAUCUUUUCAAAGAAUACACAUUUACAAAACUGGAAUUUUGGCAAUAGUACCGCAGUAAACCAUUUAAGAGGGAAACCUGUAAAUAUCACACUGGACAACAAUAAUAGAACUGGAAAUGCAACAGAACAUGACCAAAACCUGACUAAGUUGUCAAUGACAAACAGGUUGUUUAAGAAAGGAAAUCAUUUAUCAAGGAAGAGGGCCAAAAAAGGCAAGAAAUCAAAGAACAUACUAGUACAAAGGAAUAUUAACAUUAUUCUUAAUGAUUUGAAGAAAAAAUCCAAAUCCAAAAAGACAAAGAAAGACAUGGGUUUCUCAACCAAAACUAGGCCAAGUGAAAAAAAUAUCCCUUGGAAUAAAAAUGCAUAUAAAAGAAAAAAAUUGUUCAGUAAAAUAUUAAAGCAGUCAAGGGAAGCUAAUCAACCAAAGAGCAACCAAGGAAAUGGAACAAAUAAGCAACUUGAAAAUAAUAGGAUUUCUUGGAAAAAGUCAAAGGGAAGAGCUGUGAAAAUCUCUUUUGACAAAAGUGGUGGUAGUACACCUGCAACUCGAAGUUUUCGACAUUUUAAAAGAAUGCACUAUUUAGCUCAACACUCAAAACAUUUGAAAGGAGGACACCAGAACCCUCUAGUCACAUCUCCUGAUACAAGAGAAUUACUAGGUCAUCUGCAUUUCCAACUUAAAGAAGGAUCAAGGCAGCACUCCAUAAAACAUCUUAUCACAAAUGUCACAAAUGAGCAAAAUAAAACAGUAAAAGGUAUAUCUCUAUAUGAGCCUGUACAUCUUAUAAUGAGUCUCCAGGGAGAUAAGUUCUUAAAACUCAAAGAUAUCACCCAUGAUGAACAUAAAUGGAAAGGCGAGAUGAAAGUUAAACUCAACUCUAGUGUUCAUCACCUUGUGCUAAAAGGAAACAUUGAGGUUAUGGCUGAUGAGGAUCCUUACAACCCAAGUAAUAUUCUACUUAAUGUUACAAAUAGAUAUAUUAGAACAGGAAGAGAUGUACCCCUGCAUUACCCUAAUGGCAGAAAUAAGUCUCUAAAACUUGAACAAAUUGUAAAGAAUGAAGAAAAAAGGUUGAAUAUCGCAUUGGUCGGUAGGUCCUUGAACACAUUUAAAACUAAACCCAUUCACCUUAUAAUGACUUUGAAGGGAAACAUGUUUGUUAAAUUGAGAGGUCUUUUGCAUGAUAAUCAUAAAUGGCAUGGGCAAAUGAGGGUUGAUCUACAUUCUCAAUACCACAUGCUUUUUGUAAGAGGCAGUGUUCGAGUUAGAGCCCAAAAUACUCAUAAUAUGGGAGAACAUGAAAUGCAUAAUCCUUCUGAAGCAAAAUUAAGAAAAAGCAGAGAUGUUCUUCCUGAUGAUGACAUAGAACACUUUGUAAAAAAAUUGGAUAAAUCAUCAAAUGAUGUUUUAGUUGGUGAUGCAGACUUCUCUGGCGAUGUAACUCAAAGGCAAAUUGAGCCUUACAAAUCAAGAAAAAGAAGAGAAAUUCUUCCCAAUGAUGACCAAGAAUACCUUAUGAAAAACAUGGAUGGACAGUCAAAUGAUGCUUUAAUUGGAGGCGUAAAGAAGAAUGUUCAUAAAACAAAUGGACAACGUAAAUGGCAUAAUAAGAAACCUAGGCAUAAAAAACAGAAAAAGUUGGAAAGAAAAUCUAUGAAGCAUCAUAAGAAACCCAGAUAUAAAAAACUAAUGAAGUAUGGAAGAAAACAUAAAUUGAAUAAUGUUUUAGUUAAGGAUGAUGACCUCUCUGCUGAUGUAUCAGAAAGUGAAGCAAAUCCUUACAAGAAACUUAUACAUAUGAGUACUACUGAUGCACCACUUAAAAUAAUUGAAAAGGAAACACCUCCUGUAAAUACAGAAAACAAUGUUCAUAAAACAAGAACACAAUCAAAUAAAAAACAAAAGAAGCAUAAGAAAAAGAAACAUAGGUUUGAAAAACUGUUGAAAUCUGAAAGGAAACAAGAAAUGAAGCAUAGAGAUACUCAUUCAGCGAGGAACCAAAUUAAUAUGGAGACAAUUGGUAAAACUGCUGUGAAGGUAAACAAUAUGAUUGAUAUUUCUAAAAUGAUAGAAAACAAAUUGGCAAAUGAAUUUUUUGACCACAAAGAUAAAUCCAAAGCUAAUCACACAUCACUUGAGGAAAAUGUUAUUAUUGGUCAUAACAAGUUUGACAUGAAAAUCAACAAAGAUACUGACAUUAAUGUGCUUAAUAAGAUUCAACUUGAUAAAAAUAUUGAGGCCAAAAUUCUUAAUGAUGUAAGAAAGGCUGAAACACGAGGAUGGUCAAACUGGGGAGCAUGGAGUCUAUGUACUGCUACCUGUGGAUCUAAGGGACACAGGCUGAGGGAGAGAUACUGCCUUGACACCCACCCUAGGGGUUGCCAUGGGCAGCAUGAACAAAUUAAAAGGUGUGGAGUCCUGCAGGUUUGUCCAGUUACAAAUUGGAGUGAAUGGCAAUUAUGGAGUGGUUGCUCAGAUAGCUGUGGUGAUGGAACAAAAGAGCGUAGACGGACAUGCUACAAUGCAUCUAAAGACAAGAGAUGUCUAGGAGACGAGGUAGAACAUACUAAUUGUAACAUACAAUCCUGUGCUACACCAACUACACUGUCAGUUGCAACAGCAACAACUGCUUCAAGCUCAGGUAUAAGAGGAGAUUGGGGAUCCUGGCUAGCCUGGAGUUUUUGUCCAGUGACAUGUGGUACAGCUGUAGAGACAAGAACCAGGGGUUGCUACAGCAAACAAGGCCAUGCUCUCCGCCAUGACUUAUGUGAUGGAAAUUACAAGAGAGAAACAAAACCAUGUAUCAGACAUGCCUGUGACCAAAGUCAUGUAGCUGCCUCUCGGAUUAUCGAGGAAGGUGGAGAAACUAAACUGGUGUGUAAACAUAGUAUACCAAAUAUCAUUGAGGUUUACUGGGUGUCUCCCAAGGGUAUAAAACUCACAAAGUCUACGCAAGACAAAAGGCAUAGGCUUGAUGGUAGCACUCUGUAUAUCCUAAAUGCCACCAGAGAAGAUGAAGGAAUGUACCACUGUGUAGUGCUAGGAGAAGCAGGGGGAUCAGAAACUGGAGAUGCACAAUUGGGUGUAAUGAACUGCUACAGUAGUCCCUGUUUAAAUGGCGGAAAAUGCAUCGAAUUUGACAAAAAUUCUCACAUAAUGAACAACAAAUUGCGAUGUGAGUGCCCACCAAACUACCGUGGAAAAUAUUGUGAAAUUGCAAAUCAUAGUCAUACACUACUGCUGGUAAUCAUAGUGCUAGUUGCCUUGUUACUGUUUAUGUUUGGCUCUAUGGUGUCAUGGUGGAUGUCAAGAUUUAUUGUGGCAAAGAAAACAAAGAACAAUCUUGUCUUUGGCACGCUUACUGGAGAAGAUUCAGACCCUCAUGAUGAUUUUCCUGACAUGGAUGUCAAGACACAGAGUGCAUUAGGUAAUAGAUCAUCAGCAACAAAGAAGAGUAGAAAAUCAAGAGAGUCUGUUGACAGCAAAAACACUCGAUCUUUGUAUGAAAACAACAAUAUGAAAGUUGACUCCAUGGGUAAAAAAGCAAAGAAAAAAUCCUCAAUCCAAAUGUUUUCAAAGCAUUCUCAAGUUCUUGACACUUUAUCCUCAGCAAAACAAGGGUCUACAACAAUGAUAAACGAGAGAUCCAAUAGUAAUGAUCCUGUUCAUGUACCUAGUAAGAAGUACCUUGACAAAUCUACAUCCGUUCAUACAAUCGAGAAUGAAAAUGUACAACCUACAAAAAUGGUUAACAGACAUUCACUCCAAGACACCAGUGUUGAACUUGGUGAUUAUGACAAUGAAAGUGGCAAAACUAACUCAAUUGUCAAAGAUACCAAAACAUCAUCAUCCCAAUUGCAUACUAAGCAAUCUAAAGUCCCUGCCACCUUACCCUCUGCCACCCAACACGGGUCCAAAGCAACAGUAAAUGACAGAACUAAUAGCAAGGAUCCUAAAUAUAUGGCCAGUAAGGAGCACCAUAAAAACUCGGCAUCUACUCAUAUCAAUGAGGGUGUCUAUGAAAAUGUACCAUCUACAAAUACGAUUCAUAAAAGUUCACAUCAAGACACAAAGAUGGAAGCUGAUGAUUAUCUUGAAAUGUCGGGUCUAACGAAUCAGAGAAUUACCAAUUGUCAGGUUCUUACAAAUACACCUAGUAUUGAACAACAUAAAACCUCAACAUCCACGCACAUGGUCGAGCAUGUGUAUGAAAAUGUACCAUCUACAAAUACGGUUAAUAAAGGCUCAUUCAGGGACACCAAUAUUGAACCAGAUGAUUACAUUGAAAUGUCAACUCUAAGGAAUCAGAAACAGUCCAAUAGCCAGGCUCCUCUAGGGGUACCUAGUAAACAUCACCCUGAAAACCCCACAUCUGUCCAUAAUAUCAAGAGUCUCCAAAAGAAUGCACCAUCUACAUAUACCGUUAAAAGACUUUCACCUGAAAACACUGGUAUUGAAACUACUGACAGUUACAACAGUGUCAGAAGCAAAUUAAUGGAAAAUGAAGAUGAGACAUCAUCAACCCAAGUGGUCACUAAGUAUUCCUAUGUCCUUGACAAUAUACCCUCUGACACCAAGCAAGGGGCUACAACUGCAGUAAAUCACAGAAGAAUUAGCAAGGAUCCUGUCCAUGUGUCUAGUAAGAAACAUCAUGGAAAACCCACAUAUGUCCCUAUGAUAAAACAUCUCUAUGAAAAAGUGCCAUCUAGAAAUAUCUUACCAUCAACUACCAAACGAGGUCCUGCAGGUGUAAUAAAUGAGAGAACCAGAAGCCAGAAUCCUACACAUGUGCCUAGUUUAAAUCAGCGUGAAAAACCCACAUAUGUCCCUAUGGUCAAGAAAUUCUAUGAAAAAGUGCCAUCUACAAAUAUCUUACCCUCAACAAUCAGACAUGGUCCUUCAGCUGUUGUUAAUGAGACGAUUAGAAACCAAGAUCCUGUCUGUGUAUCUAGUAAAAAGCAGCAUGAAAAACCCACAUCUGUUCAUACGAUUAAGAGUAAAAAUAGCCCAUCUACAAGUAUGGUUAAUAGACGUUCGACCCGAAGCACUAAUUUUGAUCAAAUUACAGGUCAAAUGAAUAUCCAGAAAAUAGAUCAAAGUCAACUCUACAAACUUAGAACCGAGAAUGAAGUUGACUCUAAAUCUGACAGUGCUUGGAGUGAGGUCCUGAAAAGUGUUAGAUUACAGAAGAAAAUCGAUGAAUUGGAGGCAAAAAGGCAAAUCAAAAAUAAAACAAUCAAGAAUGGCAGAGACAAUGUGAAUUCAAAUCCAGCAAAAUCUGAAGUUAAACAAUCAACAUCAAGUCACAGUGAUGAAAUUGCUGAUCAUAUUUCAUCAAGAACUUUAAAUUUCCCGAAAGGUGGUGUGAAGAAACACUUAGCUAAAUUUGCAUAUAAAAAGUGGUACUCUAAUGUAAUUUGUGAUUCUGAUAGUGACCAAGAAGUUGAUUAUGUCCCAGAUAAGCAAAAAGUGGUGCAAAAUCAGCAGAACCUUCAAAACACAGGAAGGAAAAUGAACUUGGACAAAAGUAAAGAAUCAACCAGUGGUUUCAAAACCCCCAAGGCAAGCACAGACAGUAUUUUUAUGAGUGAUCCUCAUGCACCAAGAAAUAUAAGUGAAUCACAUCUUGUAGGUGAGACACCAGAUGGGGAACGCAGAACAUUCACACACAACAUGAACUUGGAAAAACUGAUGAAAAGCCCUGUUUUACAGCGCAAAUUGUUGAGAAUCGAAAAUGAAUCAAAAGAGAACUCUGAUGAAUACACAACAGAACAAGAAUGGACGGCCACGUCUCCAGACCUUUCCCCUAGAAGAGAUAUUUUCUCCGAUUUCAAACCCAUUAGCUCAACACCUGCUGAAAUAACUCAACAAACAUCUGAUGGAGAUGGUAGCAAGGUUGACAACAUAACAUAUGUAGAGCAUACUGCUUCAUUUGAUGUAAAGCAUGAGCUACCGCAUACAAAUCCAUCCCACUAUGAUGAGUCAGACAAUGGUGAGUAUGGACUACCUCAACAGAAUUCAUCACAGUACCAGGGACCAGACAAUGAUGAUUAUGAACUGCCACAUUCAAAUUCAUCACAAUAUAAUGGACCUGACAAUGAUUAUUAUGGAGUACCACAUUCAAAUCCAUCACAAUAUGAUGGACUAGGCAGUCAUGAUUAUGGUCUGCCAGACCCGAUUCAAUUGCAAUAUGAUGAACCAAACAAUGAUGAUAAUGAUUUGCCUGGUCCAAAGCAAUUCAAGUAUGAUGAACCAGACAAUGAUGAUUUUAGACUUCCAGAUCCAAAUCAUUUGCAAUACGAUGAAUCAAACAAUGAUGAUUAUGGACUGCCGGGUCCAAAUGAGACCCAGUAUGAUGAACCAAACAAUGAUGAUUAUGGGUUGCCUGGUCAAAAUGAGACCCAGUAUGAUGAUCCAAACAAUGAUAAUUAUGGGUUGCCUGGUCAAAAUGAGACCCGGUAUGAUGAACCAAACAAUGAUGAUUUUAGACGGCCAGAUCCAAAUCGUUUGCAAUAUGAUGAACCAAACGCUGAUUAUGAACUUUCGCAUUUCAAUCAAUCUCAGUAUGAUGAAGUGAAAAAUGGUGAAGAUACAUUUGAUGGUAAUGUUUACCACAUUAGAAGUAUAGAGAAUAGAGAAACUAACUGGAGGAUUCCACGCAUGCUUCCAGAUGAAAUCUUCAACAAGUGGCAAACAAAAGUUCAACAGAAGCUGUCUAAUGUAUCCGACACAUUCUCAGAUUCAUCGGGGAUUUCUACUACCAACCUUAGUAUUAGUAACGCAACUAGUAAAAUUAGCAACAUUGAAGAUGAGAUUCAAGAACUACUCAAUGAGAGUAAUGACUUAUCAAACAUUGAUUCUGCAAUAUUGAUCGAAAACUUGGGAAACCAAAGUUUCACUGAACUUAAGGUAGCUUUAGAUAAACAUUUGGCUGAAGCUGACGAAGUAAACAGUGAGUUCAGCCAUACAAACGAUCUCAGAAAAUCUAAAUCAGGAGUGGACAUCAGUGUCAACGAGGAUUUUUUUAGUGCAAAUUCUAGCAAGUCAGAUAUGAGGGGACAGUCACUUGUUUCAGAAAAAGAAACACCUUCAACCAUUUCGAUAUUACUUGGUGAAAAUAUUCAAUCAAACUAAGAGACAAUUCGAGAUUCAAAAUAAUUAAUUACCUUUAAUUCAUAUGAUACAUGACAUCAUAACACUCCAAGUGUUGUAUAAUGUCAUGCCUUUUAUGUAAUGCCAUCGCUAUUUGAUCUUACUUCAUAUUGACACAGCAGUAACAGGUCCCUAGCCAGGGGGGUUCGGGGCGUUCGACUCGAGUCUACAUGUAUAUCAAUGUCUACGUCGUGUAUGUUAAUUUGUAGGCCUCAAAGGAGUUUUAUUGGAACAUUCACUAAUAAUAUUUCUCGAAACACCACAUUGGUAGUCCAUAUCAAUUAAGAUUACGGUCAUGGCAGGAUCAAGCAAUGAUAUACUAGAGGCAUUUGUGGUAUACAGAAAUUUAUUCCUGGAACUUUAUUGCAUAUUGAAAAAUGCCAUUGAUUAUAAAUAGUCGCACUGUUCAGAUAUUAUUUCUAAAAUCCAUCGACAAAACAUAACAAAUCAAGCAUCGCUUUCAUGGAUGAUGCUGUGGAAUAUUAGCCUUUGCAUCCGUUCGACUUCGCCUCUUAAAGAGAGCUCCGUCGUCAGAAAUUUAUAACUAGACCCCGUGCGCAGGGUAGUGGAAUCUUUUCUUUAUACCACGUGCUGAAAUAAAUGAUAAUUGGUAUUGUAAAUCAUUUGGAAGAUAAGUGAAUACAUUAAUAUCACAUAGUUGCUAUCUAGUAAAUUGUAUGAUUUGAUAAAUUAAUAGUCUAUACGGCAUUACAAUUAGACUUAUAUGAAUUAAAAGG